GCGGGCGGCUGAGCUCCGCGCGCGGCGGCGGGGCCCCGAGCGGGCGCCUCCUCCCGGCCCGGCCCGGCCCCCCUCCCCGCGCAGGGGCAGGCCGGGGCGGGGGGCCCCGGGGUCCGCGAGCACCCGGCCCCGUCGGGGCGGCCGGGGGACCGCUGGGGUAGGGCGAUGCCGGGUGGUGGCAGCGGUGGAGGCCCCGGUUGGGGCCGGUGAUCAUGGGCAUCGCCGAGUCCACGCCGGACGAGCUGCCGUCGGACGCAGAGGAGCAGCUGCGCAGCGGCGAGCAGCAGCUGGAGCUGAGCGGGCGGCGGCUGCGGCGGCUGCCCAGCGCUGUAUGCGCGCUGAGCCGCUUGCAGAAACUGUAUGUGAGCGGCACUGGGCUGCGCGAGCUGCCCGAGGAGAUCGAGGAGCUGCGCGAGCUGCGCAUCCUGGCGCUCGACUUCAACAAGCUCGAGCGGCUGCCCGACGGCCUGUGUCGCCUCCCGCACCUCACGCGUCUCUACCUGGGCGGCAACCGGCUGCUGGCGCUGCCCGCCGACUUCGCGCAGCUGCAGAGCCUGCGCUGCCUCUGGAUAGAGGGCAACUUCCUGCGGCGCUUCCCGCGGCCGCUGCUGUGCCUGGUGGCGCUGCAGUCGCUGCAGAUGGGCGACAACCGGCUACGCGCACUGCCCGCUGAGCUGCCACGCAUGACGGGUUUGCGCGGCCUCUGGCUCUACGGCAAUCGCUUCGAAGAGUUCCCGCCCGCGCUGCUGCGCAUGGGCCGCCUGCACAUUCUCGACCUCGAUCGCAACCGCCUGGGCGGCUUUCCCGACCUGCACCCUCUGCGCGCGCUGCGCGUCUUCUCCUAUGACCACAACCCGGUCACUGGACCCCCGCGCGUCGCCGACACUGUCUUCCUCGUGGGCGAGGGCGCAGUCGAGCGCAUGGCCGAACGCGACGAGCCGACACCCCGGCCACCGCCCAGGCGACCGGCGAGGGCUUUUGAAGAUGAGGAGGAAGAAGACCUGCUCAUAGGGGGCGCUGGAUCCCGUGGUCUGCGCCCCGCCGGGGGCAGCCUCCGCGCCCUGGAAGACGCUCCAGGUCUGGGCACCUGAGCCUAUGUCUGUGUCAUGGGCUUCGGCCACUCUGGGAAGAGGGGCCCUGGGAAGCUUUGGCUUCCUGGGCCUGUGGGACCUUUAGGCCCCUACUUGGAGCAAUGGAAGGGCCACACUGGGCAAGCUGCCUGGGGGCCAUCUUCAGACACUCCUGGGCAGUAAGAAGACUGGUCCCUGGCUGAACUGUGAGCAGCGGUCAGACCAAGAAGUCUGGGCUGGGUCCAGGAUUGACAGAGCAACUGAUAACACAACAGAGGUGCCAGCUUCCUUCUGGAACCAGGGCCACAGAUGUCCACGGAAUCACCAUUUCUGGCUGAGUUUGGAUCGUGUGCCUGGAAUCUUGCUGGGUGAAGAGAGCCCUCCCUCCCUUCCCCACAGCCCGAGCCUUCCAGCUGUCAAGUUUGAAAAGAAGCCACCGUGCCUCAGGGCCUCCUGCACUGAAGAGAGGGGCUCUCUGCUCUGGGAGGCUGCUCAGCGCCUCUCCUACUGCCUGCACUCUCCAUUCCCUUAAAUGGGCACAGCCAGGGUGGCUGGCACAGCACGUGGCGCAGGAUGGGCACAUUGUGCCCCCACUCCAUCACCAGGGACAGCCUUGAGGGGGUGAGGAGAGGGGCCUUGCUCUGUAAUUCCCAGGGCCAGGUCUUUCCUAUCCAAGCAAUAACAGGAGGAGGGGGACAGGGCCGAGGACACUCAGGGACACUGUUGGGGCAGGGGCCCCACAUGGUAAUGUUUUCUUUAGAAAAAAUACUGGCUGUAUACAUAAAUUAUAUUUCUUGGAGAAAGAA